UGAGUAGAGUCUGUGCUGAAUGCUGAUAUUGUAUCAAUGCCAUCUGUGCUAGGUAUUUGGACACCAUGGAACAAGCCCUUGCUGCAGGUGAAGUGGUUUUGAUUGAAAAUUUGGAGGAAUCUGUGGAUCCAGUUUUGGGAGCAUUACUUGGCCGAGAAACAAUCAAGAAAGGAAGGUAUAUUAAAAUUGGAGACAAAGAAUGUGAAUAUAACCCCAGUUUUCGUCUCAUCCUCCACACAAAGCUAGCAAACCCCCAUUACCAACCAGAGAUGCAGGCACAGUGCACCCUGAUCAACUUCACUGUAACUCGAGAUGGCUUGGAAGACCAGCUGCUAGCAGCUGUAGUGAGCAUGGAGCGGCCUGACCUGGAAGAACUCAAGUCAGACCUCACAAAGCAGCAGAAUGGAUUCAAAAUCACCUUAAAAACUUUGGAGGAUAAUUUGCUGUCCCGGCUCUCCUCAGCGUCUGGGAACUUCCUCGGGGACACGGCCUUGGUGGAAAACCUGGAGACCACCAAACAGACAGCUGCGGAAAUUGAAGAAAAGGUCCAGGAGUCCAAGGUGACAGAAACAAAGAUUAACGAGGCGAGGGAGCACUACAGACCUGCAGCAACACGGGCUUCUCUGCUGUACUUCAUCAUGAACGACCUCAAUGCCAUUCACCCCAUGUACCAGUUCUCUUUGAAGGCGUUCAGUGUCGUGUUUCAGAAGGCUGUGGAGAGGGCCUCUCCAGACGAGAGCCUGAAAGAGCGCGUUCUAAACCUGAUCGACAGCAUCACCUUCUCUGUGUUCCAGUAUACCACCCGGGGGCUGUUUGAGUGUGACAAACUGACCUACACUGCCCAAGUGACCUUCCAGAUACUUCUGAUGAAUAAUGAAAUUAACGUGGUGGAGCUGGACUUCCUGCUUCGAUAUCCAGCACAGCCAGGAGUCACGAGUCCAGUGGAGUUCCUGUCUAAUCACUCAUGGGGUGGCAUCAAGAGCCUGUCAUCUAUGGAGGAAUUCCGGAACCUGGAUCGGGAUAUCGAGGGAUCUGCCAAACGCUGGAAAAAAUUUGUAGAAUCUGAAUGCCCUGAAAAGGAGAAGUUCCCUCAGGAAUGGAAGAGCAAGUCAGCUCUGCAGCGUCUGUGCAUGUUGAGAGCCAUCCGGCCUGAUCGCAUGACUUAUGCUGUCCGAGAUUUUGUUGAAGAAAAGCUGGGAAGUAAAUACGUGGUGGGAAGAUCUCUGGAUUUUGCAACAUCAUUUGAGGAGUCAGGACCCGCAACCCCAAUGUUCUUUAUCCUGUCCCCAGGGGUCGACCCUCUGAAGGAUGUGGAGAAACAAGGGAAGAAACUUGGUUACACAUUUAACAACAAGAAUUUCCACAAUGUUUCCCUUGGACAAGGUCAAGAGGUAGUAGCAGAGCAAGCUCUAGACAUGGCUGCAAAGGAGGGUCACUGGGUUAUCCUUCAGAACAUCCAUCUGGUGGCCAAGUGGCUGAGUUCUCUGGAGAAAAAACUUGAGCAGCACAGUGAAGGCAGCCACCAGGAGUUCCGCGUCUUCAUUAGUGCAGAGCCUGCUCCUUCACCUGACGGCCACAUCAUCCCCCAGGGCAUCCUGGAGAACUCCAUCAAAAUCACCAACGAACCUCCAACUGGGAUGCAUGCCAACCUGCACAAGGCUCUGGAUAACUUCAACCAGGACACCCUGGAGAUGUGUGCUCGGGAGAACGAGUUCAAAAGCAUCCUGUUCGCCCUCUGUUAUUUCCAUGCCGUGGUGGCAGAAAGACGCAAGUUUGGGCCCCAGGGCUGGAACCGCUCCUACCCCUUUAACACUGGAGACCUCACUAUCUCAGUCAACGUGCUGUACAAUUACCUGGAGGCCAAUUCAAAGGUCCCCUAUGACGAUUUGCGCUACCUCUUCGGUGAGAUUAUGUAUGGAGGCCACAUCACAGAUGACUGGGACAGACGACUUUGCAAAACCUACUUGGAGGAAUUUAUUAAGCCAGAAAUGCUGGAGGGAGAGCUCUUCCUAGCUCCAGGAUUUCCUCUCCCGGGGAACAUGGACUACAAUGGUUAUCACCAGUACAUAGACGAUGCCCUGCCUGCCGAGUCUCCGUACCUGUAUGGUCUCCAUCCGAAUGCUGAAAUCGGCUUCUUAACCCAGACCUCAGAGAAACUCUUCCGCACCGUGUUGGAGAUGCAGCCUCGUGACACCAACACUGGCGAAGGAGGAGGGGCUACGAGGGAAGAAAAGGUGAAGGCUCUUCUGGAUGAGAUUUUAGAGAAAUUAACAGAUGAGUUUAACAUCCUGGAGCUGAUGGCAAAGGUGGAGGAGAGGACGCCCUACAUUGUGGUUGCCUUCCAGGAAUGUGAGCGAAUGAACAUCCUCACCAGCGAGAUAAAGCGCUCCCUUAAGGAGCUAGAUCUGGGAUUGAAGGGAGAGCUGACAAUGACAAGCGAUAUGGAGAACCUACAGAAUGCCCUCUUCCUGGACACCGUGCCUGAGUCUUGGACUAGGAGGGCUUAUCCUUCCAUGGCUGGCCUGGCUGGCUGGUUUGCUGACCUGCUCAGCCGCAUCAAGGAGCUUGAGACGUGGACAGGAGACUUUGUCUUGCCCUCUGUUGUGUGGCUAGCGGGAUUCUUCAAUCCUCAGUCUUUCCUGACAGCCAUCAUGCAGUCCAUGGCCCGAAAGAAUGAGUGGCCUUUGGAUAAAAUGACUCUGCAGUGCGAUGUGACGAAGAGGAACCGCGAAGAUUUGAGCAGCCCUCCUCGUGAGGGUGCCUACGUACAUGGUUUAUUCAUGGAGGGUGCACGCUGGGAUAUGCAGACAGGGAUGAUGAUGGAUGCCAGGCUGAAGGAUCUAACUCCAGCCAUGCCCGUUAUUUUCAUCAAGGCCAUUCCUGCUGACAAACAGGACACUCGCAGCAUGUACCCAUGUCCCGUGUACAAAACACGUCAGAGAGGGCCAACCUAUGUGUGGACUUUUAACCUGAAAACUAAAGAAAACCCUUCCAAGUGGGUCCUAGCUGGGGUGGCACUGCUUCUGCAAAUUUAGGUUCUGAUUGACACCAAGGUUCACCAACAGAGAAUGUCUCAAUAGGAGCUUUGAACCAUUUCACAUUCAAGCAAUUUCUAAAAAUAAUAUGCGUAGAGGAAAAAAAACCCUUUGUCUUCUUAACUCUUUGAAUGCGGGCAUUUAGCAAGCUUGGCAAAUGAAUUCUUAAGAGGAUGUAGCAUGCAGUAGCAGAUGCAUCUAUGGGAGAGGCAGUGUGGCCUAGUGGCUAGAAUAUCAGUGUAGGCCUCAGAAGGCCUAAGUUCUAUUCCCAGCUCAGUUACUGAAUGACCAUAAGCAAAUCACUUUAUCCUUCCAUGCCUCAGUUUCCCCAUCUGUAAAAAGGGGAUAUAAUACUGACCGCCUUUGUAAAGUGCUUUGGAAUCUACUGAUGAAAAGUGCUGCAUAAGAGCUAGGUAUUUUUUAUAUAUGUGACUGGACACUGUGGCCAGAGCCUCAGCUGCUAUAAAUCAGGGGAUUGCCAUUCAUUCAAUGGAGCUACGUGGAUUUAAACCAGCUGAAGGAAUGGCCCCAGAUCUAUCACAUCCAGAGGAUUAAAGGGCUGUUAGGCUCAAAUUUGACCUAAUCUAUAUUUUUCUCUGUGUAGGUUCUGAUCCAAAGCCAGUCGAAGUCCGAGGGAGUCUUUCCAUUGACUUUGAUGGGCUUUGGAGCUGGCUAAAUUGAAUAAGCUUUGUAAUUCUUUAGACUCUGGGUUUUUUUUUUUUAAUCCAACCCAAUGUUUCAGUGAAGUGUGAAGAAAAAUUCCGAAAGCCAGGGAGCACAGUACUCGUUAGGGGAAUAAAUGAUUGUAAAUGAUAUAGGAUUCCUCACUGAUAUCUCUUUAGACUCUAGGAACACUGGAAGGAGAGAGAACGCCGCCAGGCUAUUAAUGAAUGAGGGAGAUGCAGUAAAGCAAACUAUUUCAGAAGGGUGAACAUUUCCUAAUAAAAUCUUUAUUCUUGGA